GUCAUAUCCGGGACGUGCAGUCUCUGACAGCAAACUUUCUGAGCUCGGACUGUUUAUUCUGGUCCCUGCCAUGUUUCCGGUGGUGGUGGUGCACGGAGGAGCGGGCCACAUCCCUAAGGAGCGCUCAGAACUCUCCACCGGGGGAGUGAGCUCUGCAGCGCGGGCCGGGUACCUGGUCCUGCAGGGGGGGGGCAGCAGCAUGGACGCCGUGGUGGAGGCCGUGACCCAGCUGGAGAACAACCCCUCCUUCAAUGCAGGCUGUGGCUCGGUGCUAAACAUCAGGGGGGAGGUGGAGAUGGAUGCCAUUGUGAUGGAUGGGAAAACACUGGGCAGCGGUGCCGUGUCUGCGGUACGCAACGUAGCCAACCCCGUUCAGCUGGCACGACUGGUCAUGGACAAGACCAGCCACGUGUGUCUGACAGCCGACGGUGCCAGUAAGUUUGCCCGGUCCAUGGGCGUCCCGGAGGUUCCCAUGGACUCCCUCAUCACCCAGUACUCUCGCAUGCGCUGGGAAAAGAACCUGGCCCCAGACGCCAACCCUGUGGAGUGCCAAAUGGGGAAGAUGGGCACGGUUGGUGCAGUUGCAGUGGAUGGAGAGGGCAACGUAGCGUGCGCCACUUCCACCGGUGGGAUGCUGAACAAGAUGGAAGGCCGGGUGGGGGACACGCCCUGCAUAGGGAGUGGCGGCUAUGCUGACAAUCAGGCAGGAGCUGUGUCGACCACUGGCCACGGAGAAACCAUCAUGAAGGUCACGCUGGCCAGACACAUCCUGUUCCACAUGGAGCAAGGUCAGUCAGCAGAGGCUGCCAGUGAUUUGGGCCUGGCCUACAUGAAGUCCAGAGUGGGGGGUUUGGGUGGGGUGGUGACGGUGGACCCCCAGGGCAACUGGGCCGCUCGCUUCUCCAGCCUGCAGAUGGCGUGGGCCGCGGUGCAGAAGGACACCCUUCACCGUGGCCUUUACGCCGGGGAACACUUCACCCAGAGCAUCCAUGAGCCUCACUGACGGGAGGGCCGGAGGUCGGGAGGUGUGGACGUCUGAAGGUCUGGAGGUCAGGAGGCCUGGAGGUCUGGAGGUGUAGACGUCUGGAGGUGUAGACGUCUGGAGGGGUGGAGGUCUGGAUCUCUAGAGGUCCGGAGGCCUGGAGGUCCGGAGGUGCAGCCUUCUCUUUAAACCGUUCUAGGAGUCGAGAUUAGAAAUGAAAUAAUUUACAAUUAAAUGUGUUUAAUAUAAAAGUCAUUAUGAAGAAAAUUAGAAUCUGGAUGAUUCAAGCUGGUUGUGAAAUCGACUGCAGGCAGACAUGCCACCCAGAGGACUGUUGGUGCCGAGGCUUAAACACCUGUAAAUAAGACACUUUAGCUUUACAGAAUUUAGGUUGUCAUGGCAGCCUGUCAGAUCCAACUCAGCUGCUCACCCUCGUCAAGUGAAGGAAUUUUGUUCAAAUAAACCCUAUUUCAUUAGUUAUAAACUGAUGACAACUUCUAAUAUUAGAACUGAUUAACAACCCUGUGGAAACAACAGUAGAAAAACACCCAUCUGGUCAAAUAUUCUUUAUUUGAUGCUAGCGUAGAGGUCACCUGUUAACCUGGAGGGUGGCGCUGCAAGGAGCUAGUUCUUGUGUUUUGUUGGUGUUCCGUUUCAAAUGUCAACAUUAUCUAGAAAUCGCUUACCCUACCUUUAAUGAUGUGUCUUUAAUGAUGUUGUGGGUGUUUCCCUCCUUUGAGUAGGACUAUAGUUUGACAUGUUUCUUUUUAACCCGAGUCUCGUUAAUACUCUACACUUUUAAAUGUUUAAGAACCAAUAAUGAUUGUACUAAAGUUUAUGCCGCACAUGAAAAUUCCCACAGUCUUCAGGUCCUUAAACGCACCACAGACGUCGAUCAGCUCAGAGUUGUUUACAUGUGUUACACUUUUACGUAUGUUUAUACAGGACUCACUGAAGGCUAUUUUAUCAGUGGCACUCUCUAUUCUACUUAUCCUGCAUAUCUUAAUGAUCGUUCUGUGAUAACUGAUUAAUGCUGACUUUAAUUUCAUAACUCAUCCAGAGCUGUAAUUUCAGAAAUCGUGUUAGAGAUAUAUCCAGCUCAGGGUAUGUUUAUGUUUAAUAUGUACUUUUAUUUUCUAAUCAACCAGUAUUGUUGUGUUUAUGAUUCAAUAACCACACACACACACAAAUCAGUUGUAAUGAGAGCACAGAACUCAUAAAGAG